AUGCAAGUCUUAAGCCUUGGGGAAACAUCAUUUUCAGGUACUAUACCUGAUUCCAUCGGCAACCUUAAGCAUUUAGUUUCUUUGACACUUCAUUAUGCCAAUUUCUCUGGGAGGAUUCCAUCUUCACUUGGAGAACUUUCCAAUCUCUCACUUCUCCGUCUUACUUCAAAUCAUUUCAAUGGUGAGGUCCCAUCUUCAUUUGGCAAUCUAAAACAGUUAACCAGCUUAACUGUUGAAUUUAAUCAGCUCACCGGAAACUUUCCAUCUGCACUACUCAACUUAACCAACCUACGUCUUAUUCGUCUCGAUUCCAACCAGUUCACAGGUUCCCUCCCACCAAACAUGGGUCAACUCUCCAAAUUGGAAAGCUUUUACGCUAGUGAUAAUUUUUUUACAGGAGCAAUUCCUUUAUCCCUGUUCCAAAUCUCUUCAUUGACAGAAAUCCGUUUGGAGAAUAACCAAUUCAGUGAUAUUUCUUCUAAGCGGGAGACUUGUUCGGGAGCGCAUAGGUCCUGCAUUGCCAAGUGCAGUGCAAAGUCAAGUAUGUUCUUUUUGCAUACAAAAGGUUUCAGAAUCGGCACUCAAUUGUUACUGAUGCUUUGUCCUUAUCAGAUGAGAGCUAUGGACGUAUCUUAUGACGAUCUCUCUAGCCUAUUCGAGACAGGAGGCUCAAAAUGA